GGCGAAAAGAUUAUUAAUAUGGCAGCACUGAGUAAGAAAAAGUUUCUUUGGAAAAAAUGAUUAAAAUUUUGAUUCGAAAACAAAAUGGAUUGUUUGUAAACAAUGGGUGUAAACAUACGUCAUAAAGAGCUUCUCAUGGAAAAUAAUUCUAUUUGUUUUCAGUAGGUUUAGGAUGAGCAAACGUAAAGCACCCGAAGAAAAUAUUAAUUCAGGAAUUUGUGAUUUUUUAAUCGAAUUGGCAGAUUAUGAAAAGAAUGUAAAUCGCGCGUUUCAUAAAUCCAACGCUUAUCGCAAAGCCGCAAGUUCUAUAUCAAGGUUUGGAAAGGAAAUCAAAUCCGGGGAUGAGGCGCGAAAAUUGGAGGGGGUCGGUGCCAAGAUAUCCGACAAAAUAAACGAGUUUCUUAAAACUGGAAAGCUGGAAAAACUUGAAAAAGUUCGAAAAGAUGAAACGUCACAAAUAAUUUCGCUUUUUACGAGAAUCAGCGGUGUUGGGCCGGUGGCUGCAAGAAAGUUGAUGGAACUUGGCUUCAAAAGUUUGGAGGAUUUAAAAAAUAAUUCUGAGAAAUUGAAUCACCAUCAAAAUAUUGGGGUCAAAUAUUUUGAUGAUUUUGAAAAAAGGAUUCCGAGGGAAGAGAUGGAAAAGUUGGAGGGUAUGGUGGUGGGUAAGGUAACGGGCGUGGAUCCUAAGUUUGUCGCCACUGUGUGUGGAAGUUACCGACGUGGUGCGACAUCUAGUGGUGACAUUGACGUGCUGGUGACACACCCGUGUUUCACCUCUGAGACGAAAAAAACUUUAAAAUUAAACGAAAUCGUCAAAAGUUUGGGUUCGUUUAUCACAGACACAUUGUCGAUGGGAGACACCAAGUUUAUGGGGGUUUGCUCACUAGAGGGAACCGUACAUCGACGAAUCGAUAUUCGAUUAAUUCCUCACGACCAAUACUUUACCUCACUCUUAUAUUUCACGGGAAGCGACAUUUUCAACAAACGCAUGCGUACGUUUGCCCUCGAACAAGGGUUCACCAUCAACGAGUAUUCCGUGCGACCCCAGGGGUCAACGGGCGUGCCGGGAAAUCCCCUGCCUGUAACAUCGGAACGAGAUAUAUUUGAAAUUAUCGGGAUGAAAUAUCUAGAACCUUCGCAACGAAGUGAAUGAUGAUGUCAUAAUUGUUUGUUCAUUGUUACUUUAACAUGUAUUGUGAUGUAAUAAUGUUGUCGUGUCCUCCAGA